AUGGAUUUUGGAUAAGCAAGAUCUGCUGAAGGAGCGCCAAAAAGACUUGAAAUUUCUUUCUGAAGAAGAAUAUUGGAAGCUACAGAUAUUUUUUACGAAUGUUAUCCAGGCUUUAGGUGAACACCUUAAAUUAAGACAACAAGUUAUUGCCACUGCAACAGUCUACUUCAAGAGAUUCUAUGCCAGAUAUUCCCUAAAAAGUAUAGAUCCAGUAUUAAUGGCUCCUACGUGUGUGUUUUUGGCAUCCAAAGUAGAGGAAUUUGGUGUUGUUUCAAAUACAAGGUUGAUUUCUGCUGCUACUUCUGUAUUGAAAACUAGGUUUUCUUAUGCCUUUCCGAAGGAGUUUCCUUAUAGGAUGAAUCAUAUACUAGAAUGUGAAUUCUAUCUCUUAGAAUUAAUGGACUGCUGUUUGAUAGUGUAUCAUCCUUAUAGACCUUUGCUCCAGUAUGUGCAAGAUAUGGGCCAAGAAGACAUGCUGCUACCUCUUGCAUGGAGAAUAGUGAAUGACACAUACAGAACUGAUCUUUGUCUGCUGUACCCUCCUUUCAUGAUAGCUCUAGCUUGCCUACAUGUGGCCUGUGUUGUCCAGCAGAAGGAUGCAAGACAGUGGUUUGCUGAGCUGUCUGUUGAUAUGGAAAAGAUUUUAGAAAUAAUCAGGGUUAUUCUGAAGCUGUACGAGCAGUGGAAGAACUUUGAUGAAAGGAAAGAGAUGGCUACUAUUCUUAGCAAAAUGCCUAAACCAAAACCACCUCCAAACAGUGAAGGAGAACAGGGUCCAAAUGGUAGCCAGAACUCUAGUUACAGCCAAUCUUAGGACAUUCCAAAGAAUUUCUUUACGGACCACUUUGGAUCAAGACAUCUGGGGAUCUUUCCUGUGUUCAUGGAAUGGACAGAAGAUUUUAGUUACCAUCUUUGACAAAGAACUUGAAGAAUAAAUAGCUUGUUUCUGUCAAGCAUUUUGAAACCUUUUUCUUUAAAACUGCAUCAUUUUCCUUGAAGCUGGAGUAAAUGUACUAAGAUUUCUCAGUGUAAGGAAUCAAACAUAAACCAAGCUGCAAAAGAUUAACACUAUCCACUCAAAACAAACGGGUUUUGUUUGCUUUGAGAAAGUUGUAGCUUGCCAUUAGAGCGAACUUUUUUUUAAAAGCAACAGUAACCUGAAGCCUAAGUAUAAUUAUGUUGAUGACCUGUGUUGUCUUUAUUUUGUUUGUGACUGAAGGAAGAUAGUGCACUGUCUGUUAAAUCUAUUCAUUACAUUUUUUUUAAUAACUGUGGAUACUGUAACAGGUAAAACAGGAAUUCUUCAGGAUCAAACCUAGAAGAGUCCACAAAGAGUAUUGUUUUGAUCGAAACUGCAGGAAAGAAACUCAGUUCCCUUUUGGAUUAGAGAAAUGCUGUUUUACUCUGUAGAUGUACUUGGAUAUUUUUACCAUGAAGCCUAGUAGUCCAGCUUACCAGAGAAGUGCAAUAUGUAUAGUGUUUCUGCAGUUUUCUUCAUCAUUUCAAGUGUUAGGAACUAAAAAACAACCCAACACACUGAUUUACUUGCAGGUACCUGUGCUGUGUGGUACAUCGGAGUACUCUACAAGUAACUGAUCAAAUUCAAAUCUGGAUACGAGUGCUAUUUUCAUUGUGGAUUUUUUUUUUUUUUGUACAAAAGAUAUAUACACUGUUAGUCUGCCUUCACUGUUAGUGUGGAUUUGUGUGGUUCAUUAGAGAGGUUAUUUAUGAGGAUCAGUGAGCUUUAUACUGGCUAACUUUAACAACGAUCCUCAGAGCAACUGUUUAGAAUAACUGAAAUGGGAUUCCUUGGUUAACUAUAUGCUGGAGAAAAUGAGAUUCCUUCAAAGAGAAGGCCAUAUCCUGUGUUCCUUACUCAGGCAGAUCUCCCAGUAAAGGCAGGAAUUGAUCUAGGUCAGACUUGCUGAUUUUUAGGUAAUUUUGUUCCUAAACAAUUUCUUGUACAACUUUGAAUGAGAAAGUUGACUUACCAAGUACAAAAGCUGAACAAUAAAAUAAAGUGCAG